AUGGUCAAGGACAUGAAGCCGACCGCGAACGAUAACGAAGUCGCCCAGAUACUCACGCUGAUCUUCUCAGCCUAUUCCUUUGCUCAAUUUGCAACAAACUUGCUAUGGGGUCGCGUGAGCGAUAGCAUCGGCCGACGGCCUGUGGUCCUGAUCGGUCUGGCUUCGACAUGUGUGAGCAUGUUGGGCCUCGGACUCAGCCGCAGCAUCCCGGCCAUGUUUGUCUUCCGUGUGAUGGCAGGCUCUCUGAGUGGGAACAUUGUCAUUGUGCGGACUGUCAUUGGCGAGAUUGUACACGGAAGGGAAAAUAAAGCUCGCGCUUUUGUUUGGAACCAGACUGUCUAUCAGGUAGGGUCAGUCUUGGGUCCUUUGGUCGGCGGCUAUCUGGCUCAGCCAUGUCGUCAAUUCCCCGAAAUGUGCGACGCGAAUUCGUUGUUGUAUACCUACCCGUUUGCCCUACCGAAUCUCGCGCUGUCUGCCAUGGCUGCUCUAAGCUUUGCCGUCGCCUUCUUUCUUGUAGAAGAGUCCUUGGAGAAGCCCGAUGAUCGCAAGAUUAUGGGUGGGGAGGACGACGAGUCCACGGCUCUCCUUUCAGCACAUGAACCACCGCGCAGCCCUAGCUUUAGAGACGCAAUAAGCUCUAAAGUCAUCCAUGUUGUGUUGUCGUAUGCCUUGAUGGCCCUUCACACCAUCUGCUUUGACCAGAUCUUCCCCGUGUUCAUGGUUACAUCGCGCGCAGCUAGUCACCCACCGUUCUACCUCGAUGGAGGUCUUGGGUUCGAGUCAAGCUUGGCUGCCAGCUUAAUUUCCGCAGCUGGAAUUGUCUUUGUUUGCCUGAUGAUCACUGUGUUCCCGGUGGUCGACCGCUGGCUGGGGAGCCUACUAUGCCUUCAGGGCAGCGUCAUGAUAUACCCCAUUACCUAUCUCCUCCUGCCUUAUCUUUCUGUUCUUCCAGCAUCUCCAGCCUGGAUCCCGAUCACUGGUGCAUCCACAAUCCUGCUAGCCAAGGCUGUGGCAGCUGUGUUUUCCUUCAAUGAAAACUCCGUGCUGCUCAGUAUGGCCUCCCCGUCUCGCAACACGCUCGGGAUAGUUAACGGCAUUGGCCAGACGGCUGCGGCUGGGGCCCGGGCUCUUGGACCGGCUGCCAUGGGUAUCUUUAUCGGUCUUGGUGACCGUGUCGGGUCUGGAGCCCUAGGUUGGUGGUUUCUGGCUGCCGUUGCUGCUGUUGGUGCACUUCAGGGGUUGUGGGUUGUAGACGAGCCCGACGAGCCCUCCAACGAAGCAGAUUCGGCUUGA